GUAUCACAUGGAAUGCCUUAAUCCACCUCUGAGUGAAGUCCCUGUAGAUGAGUGGUUCUGUCCAGCCUGUGCCCCCAUGGGUGUCAGUGCUGCUGCAGAUCAUGUCAGUGAAGAAGAGGUUGCUGCCCUGAUGGCUGAUGUCGUCCCUACCACCAGCAGGCUACGUCCUCACGUCCAAACCCGAGCUAUAGCCAGGACCCGGCAGAGCGAACGAGUGAGGGCAACAGUGAACAGAAACCGGAUAACAACAGCACGACAAAUUCAGCACGUGCCGAGGUACCUCAUGUCCUCCCUUCUGGAUGAAACAAUCGAGGCAGUUGUAGCAGGCCUAAACACAGCCGUCUACCAGCGUCCCCUUACGCCCCGGGCUCCUGCUAGGCAGAAAAGGAAAACAGGUAGGAGGAAGAAAGUAGGAGGCAAAAAAAGAACUCAGACAAAGUCUUCUGCUGGGAGGAAGAACGCAGGGACACAGCUGAAGAGACGCAAGCGUCUGGUAAAGAAGAGAAGAGGGAAGAAGAGGAGAGGAAGAUCACAUGUGAAAAAUGAGGUUACGACUCGCUCCCGAAUUGCAAGAACUCUUGGUCUUAGUAAACCUGUGCGUGGGGCCUUGCUUCCUUCCAUGUACAAACCCACAGAGCCCUCGCUCGGGCUGAUGAGAGCAGAUAUCGGUGCAGCUUCUCUGUCUGUGUUUGGAGAUCCCUAUGAGUUGGAUCCUUAUGAAAGUAACGAAGAGGUUCCAGCAAAUCCCGAUUCACCAGUGAGUGCUAAAAGGAGAGUUCUCUCCCAGUCGGCGCUGAGGUCUCACCGUCCUGUAGCUAGACCUAUUUCUGUGGGUCUUCCCAGAAGCAGUGUGCCUGCCUUGAGUCCUGAGCAAGAAGCAGAAGCCGCCCCUGUGCCUGAUCUGUUGGGAAGUAUCCUGUCCGGACAGAGCUUACUCAUGAUGAGUAGUUCGGAUGUGGUCAUCAACAGAGAUGGUUCACUGACAGCAAAGAAGGCAG